GCCUUGACCAGGGCUGGGGAUCGAACCUGCAACUGAGGAUGAGGAUCAACAGAAGCUAUAUCAGCAGAUCAAGGCUGGAGCCUAUGAUUUCCCAUCCAGAGUGGGACAGUGACCCCUGAAGCCAAGAACUGAUCAACCAGAUGCUAACCACAACCCUGCAAAACAUAUCUCAGCUGACCAGGCUCUCAAGCAUCCAUGGUUCUGCUAACGGUCCACGGUGGUAUCCAUGAUACAUCAUCAGGAGACUGCGGAGUGCUUGCAUGGGAUCAAGGACUCCACAGAGAACUGCAACACCACCACUGAAGAUAAGGAUCUCAAUAUGGGAAAACAGGAGAUCAUUCAAAUCACAGAACAACUGAUUGAGGCCAUCAACAAUGGAGAUUUUGAGGCCUGCACAAAGAUUUGUAAUCCAGGACUCACUUCCUUUGAGCCUGAAGGCCUUGGUAACCUUGUGGAGGGAAUGAAUUUCCGUAAGUUUUGCUUUGAGAAUCUUCUGUCCAAGAACAGCAAGUGCAUUCAUGCCAUCAUCCUGAACCCACAUGUCCAUGUGAUCAGAGAGGACACAGCUUGAAUAGCCUACAUCCACCUCAAUACAUCAAUGGGCAGGGUCCACCUCCCACCAGCCAGUCAGAGGAGACCCAGGUCUGGCACCGCUGAGAUGGCAAGGGCUCAUUGUCCACUGUCACUGCUCAGGGGCCCCUGCCCCACCGCUGCAGUGAGCUCAGCCACAGGGUCAUUAGGAGAUCCCAGCUGGAGGUCGAACCUUUGCAGCCAGUGUCUCUGGAGGAUCCCGAGCGACAGUAGCAGUCCUGUUCAUUUGAGGUUUAAAACAAUUAAAUUAC